CAAAUAAUCUUAACAAAAAUUCAAUUUUCCCCAAAUCAAACCAAUCAUUAAAUUUCAAUUUCAAAAAUGUCUUCAAAAAACCCUAGCAAAUGGGGAUUUACAUGGGAAGCUCAAUCUCACAUUUCAACACUCCGAUUAAUACUUUUCAAUCCCAAAUUCAAACCUUCAAUUCAAUGCACAAAUAUAAAAGUCAACUUAAUUAUAGAGCAAUCUUUGCUAACUGUCAAUUUUAAUGAGACUUCGGUUCGGGUCCCGGUUCCUCGGGUUUUAAUUGACCCGGAAGAACCGGUUCAUUUUAGAGCAUUUGAUGAUCAUAUUGAAGUUAAACUUUCACUUCUUCUUCCUGUUAAUCAUCCGUUAGUUGCGGGUUUGGAUUUAUCCGACCCGGAUGAUAAACCCGGUUCAGAUACAUGCUUUCCCUUCUCAGUGAAUAAUGAAAUAAAGAAAUUAUCUGCUAUGGAGGAAGUUCAUUUUUACUGCAGAAGUUGCUCGACUAAGUUAACCAAGGGUAUCAGAUUAUUUAAUGAGAUGCCAUCAGUCGACUGGCAAGAUGUUGCAGAUAAUUGGUUUGGGACAUGUUGUUGCUCGUUUGGUGGUAUUAGUGAAAAGCUGGUCAGGCAAUUUGCAAAGUCAUAUUCAUGUACAACUGGUGUUUGCCUUAUAACUGGUGCAUCUGUUAUUAUAUGCAAAGAGGACCUCAUCGGAUGUGAAUUUCCUGAGCCGAAAGGGGACCAAACUUAUGAUUCUGAGGUGAACUCAGCCGAGAUGGCAGAAAAUAUUGGGGUGAAACCAAGCAAUGGAGUUGUUGAAAAGGUGAUAUAUGGUGAUAGCUCAACAUGCAUACCUUUAACGUUAAAGGAUGAAGACAAAAUGAAGUCAUUGGCGGGAGUUUCUUCCGAGGCAAACGGUCACCUUAGUAACCACAGUAAUGGCUGUUGUACUAAUAAUCAUAGUGAAAGAUUUUCAAAGGAGAAAGAACAUGAAAUGAAUAAUGAACUCUUAGAUAAGCAGAAAAUAUUUCUUAAAGGCUGCCUUGGGGAUGCUUUUAUGUUGAGACAUUCUAAUCUUUCCAAAGAUGUCAAGUGGAUUGAAUUUCCCUGUCCUAAAUGUUCAUCUCUUAUUGGAUCAUAUCCUUCCUCCACUGAUAAUGCACCAUUGGAUGAUGGAGUUCGGCUAUACAAAUAUAAGAUAUCUACCUGUUUGCCUGUCCAGGGAUUGAAUGAUACAUUUAGGGAAUAUACUUUGGAAAGGAUGUUUUCACGUCAAUUGCUUGAAGCUGCACAAGAUGAAGUAUCAUUUCGGACUGUUGUCAGAGAUAUACACACCAAAAGUGCACUUUCACAAAUUGUUCUCCUAAACCCAAACGCAUGGUGCUAUAGUGGAUGUUGCAGGCAUGACAUGGAACCAGUGGCCAAGAUUAAUAUGUACCCCAUUGUCAAGUUAUUGUUCUCUGCAACCAUCAAGGGCAUGGAACUUGAACACAGGAAAGUAGAAGAAUGGGUGACCAAAAAUCAAGCAGAUGAAGUGUACAUGUUGCCAUCUCAAGUGACGGAACUAAUUACAAAUUUGGAGAUGGUAAAUAAUAUGUUGCCACCAUCACAUAUGCUGUUGCAGGGUUUCUAUAUGUCAUCCUUGAAGAGAUAAAGGCCGUAUACUGAAAUGCUUAGCUAAGGACAAGAGGUCUAUCUUUCUUUCAUGGUUCGAUGUCUUCUCAUAAAUUUCCCAAAUCAGCUUCCACAGAAGAGUUAGGAUAAGGUGACAUUGUUUGAGUUUAAAGCUAGUUCGUUCGUUGAUAUAUGGUGGAGAAAUAGGCAAAUAGCCUAUUAGUCACCAGCUCAAAAGUAAUCAGCAUUUAGCCACUUUGCUCUUAAACUAAACAUGAAGUACCUACUUUUCUUCUUCCGCUUCGUUUCUCUGCGUACGUGUAUAUACACAAUGCUGCCACUUCUUCUUUGACUAUGUAGAAAUAUACUUCCUGCUGAAAUUGUAACAUAAGU